CAGUAUGUCUCAGACACUCUACAAGUUCGGUUGAGAAUAAUAAAAAAAAUUAAAUUGAAAAAAAAAAAACAAACGCUUAAUGAAAAAAUUGUGAAAAAAAUCAAAAACGGGAACUUGCUUAAAUAAAAUAAAAACUUAAAAAAAUUGCUACAAAGGCUUAUUGGGAAAAUAAUAAAGGAUAAAGCUGUAGAAAUCCCAUAAACACAACUCCCAUUAACAAAAUGACUGCCAGACCAAAGUUGGAGUUUGAAAAAGAUCCAGGAUUUGUUAAAAUCGAUCAUGUGGAUGAAUCAGAAGUUGAUCGCAUUGCCUUAUGCUUUGCCGGCCGCACGCUCUUCGUAACCGGAGGCACAGGAUUUAUGGGCAAAGUUUUGAUAGAAAAAUUGUUAAGAUCCUGUAGCGAUGUGAAAAGAAUUUAUCUCUUGAUAAGGCCAAAGAAAGGCAAACAACCGGUGGAACGUAUCAAGGAUAUGUUGGAUAAUGUGCUUUUUCAAAAAGUCAGAGAACAACAUGGGCUAGAUUGGAUAUUGGGGAAAUUGGUGCCAAUAUGCGGCGAUGUUCUGCUCCCCGAUUUGGGCAUAUCCCCCGAAGACACAGAAACUCUACGUAAUGAGGUCUCUUUGAUUAUGCAUUGUGCGGCUACUGUAAGAUUCGAUGAACCUUUGCGACGCGCCGUCUUCAUGAACGUCAGAGGCACAAAACUGAUGUUGGAUUUGGCUGCCACUUUUAAGCAUUUGGAUUUAUUUUGUCACGUCUCCACGGCCUAUUGCCAUUUGCAUGUGAAGACUCUGUAUGAGAAACCCUAUGAUCCCCCCGGUGAUGCUUACGCGGUGAUAAGUGCCUGUGAAUGGUUGGAUGACCAAACUAUUUCCUCAAUAGAAAAAAGAAUAUUGGGCAAAAUUCCCAACACCUACGCCUAUACCAAAGCUUUGGCCGAAUCCUUGGUAGUCGAGAGAUUUGAUAAGAUCCCUUCGGCCAUCCUGCGCCCCUCGAUAGUCAUACCGGUUUGGCGAGAACCUGUACCAGGUUGGACAGAUAAUAUCAAUGGUCCAACUGGCCUUCUAAUUGGUGCCGGCAAAGGUGUCAUUCGCACCAUGUAUUGUCAACAGAAUGGUUACGGGGAUUUUCUGCCGGUCGAUGUAGCGGUCAAUGCCAUGUUGGUGGCUACUUGGCGUUUUCUUUCACCCGAAUUGGGACCAAUGGAUAGCCGCAUUGCCCAUAUGACCAGCUCAAAUGAAAUUAAAGUGUCCUGGUCGGAAAUUAUCGAGAUCGGACGAUGGGUCAUUGAGAAUCGAGUGCCACUGAAUGGUGUGGCCUGGUAUCCUGGCGGAUCAAUGAAAUCAAAUUAUUUUGUUCACUGGAUGUGUAUGAUACUCUUUCAUUGGAUGCCGGCUUUGUUUGUGGAUUUGCUGCUGAGAAUUUUGGGAUAUCCUCCGGUGCUAAUGAAGGUACAAAAUCGUAUAACCAAAGGCUUCGAAGUAUUUGAAUACUAUGCAAAUAAUGUCUGGAAUUUUGAUAAUAAACAAGCGAUAGAAUUUCGAAAAGUAAUGAACAACAAGGAACGUCUCACGUAUGUCAUAGAGAAGAUCGAAUUUGAUUUGAUCGAUUAUUUCACCGAAUGUAUAUUGUGUGCCCGACGUCUAUUGUUAAAGGAAACUGAUGAUACAAUACCGGCAGCCAGAAGACAUAUGCGAAUCAUGUGGUAUGUGGAUAAAAUCUACAAGGGCUUAUGGCUCUUUGGCUUGUGCUAUGCCUUCUACCGUUAUUUCCUAGCUGGUUUCUUUAAAAGUUCUACAUAAUCUGCAGACGUUGUCAAACAUCAAACUACUCUGAGAUGGCUUAUAUCAUGAAUUUUAGUAUUUAGUAUUCAUAUGCGUUUUGUGUAUUCGUUCAUAGACCUUUUGAGAUUUCCUACAGUGUAGUUAUGUAUACAUUUCCUUCUUGUUAUUUUGUUAAUAUUGUUAAAUCUCUGCUUAGAUUAAGAUUUUUUUAAAAAUAUAUUAGGUUGCAGAAUUAUUCGUA